AUGAGUUUUGAUACUAGGUCACAUAAUACCUCUUUACCAAUGUCAACUCCGCUGAUACCAUCUGAAAUAUCAAUUUCUAAUGAUGAUUCACCUGAAGUCUUUGAAGCUCUGGACUUAAAAACCAAGAAUCAAAAUCAAAGUAAAAGCCAGAAUGAAUCACACAAGAAAAAGGGAACUGAGAAUAUUGCUCAAGUGAUAGCUGAUGGCAUUCAGGAUGCACUUGCGCACAGCUCCACUGAUAAUAUCCAUUCAGAUUUGAAUCAUGUGACUGAAAUUUCAGUGAUGGGCCAUCAGGAGGAAUCAAAUCACAUGACUGAAAUUUCAACAACAUCCUGUCACCAAAAUCAUGAAACCGAAAUUUUGCCUGAGAACUUACCAGAAGCCAAGGUAAGUAUACCACUUGUAUCUCAUCCCAAAAAGGCUUUAUUGGAAACUGAGAACAUUUACCCACAAUAUAAAAAGUAA